CAGCUGUCAACUGCACAAAAUUCAGACUCGGAAUACUUUAUUGUUUUUGGCACAUCUUUAUGGCAGUCAUAUAAAAAAGUCUUUGAACUGUUUUGAACAGAAACACAAUAAUAUAAAACUGCCUACAUUCCAAAUAAAUAACUCCAAACAAAAAUAUGACAUUGUAAGAAUGAAAUCGUCCUGUAAGUAAAUUUAUUUCACAUUGUAUAUAACUAGCACCAAAUCCCUCCUGGUGGAGUGAAAUCUGUGUCGAAUUUGUUCCUGAAUUAACCGAAACGUAAUAAAUAAAAAACAAAAAGUCGUAAGCAUGGCGAAGAAGGAAGGGGAAGAGAAAGAGGAGUACUACUGUAAGAUGCACAGCAACAAGUUCUUCAUCCUGUGCGCGGCGGGCGGCGCGCUGGCGUGCGGCACCACGCACACCUUCGUGACGCCGCUCGACCUCGUCAAGUGCCGUCUGCAGGUCGACCCGCAUCGCUACAAGUCCAUCGCGCGAGGCUUCCUCGUCUCUUUCAAGGAGGGAGGCGCUAAGAACCUCGUCAAGGGCUGGGCACCCACUUUCUUUGGAUAUUCCAUGCAGGGUGCAGUCAAGUUUUCUGGCUACGAGUACUUCAAAUAUAGAUAUGCCAAUAUGGUCGACGAGGAAACGGGAUAUAUUUACAGAACAUACCUUUACUUGGCUGCGGCGGCGUCGGCAGAGUUCAUUGCCGAUUUCUUCCUCGCCCCACUCGAGGCUACGAAAGUUCGGAUGCAGACGACGCCGGGGUACACUUCACAGAUGAGAAGGGCCAUGCCACACAUGCUCAGCACGGAAGGGAUGGGGACGUUCUACAAGGGCAUAGUGCCGCUGUGGGGCAGACAGGUGCCCUACACCAUGAUGAAGUUCGCUUCAUUCGAGAAGACUUUGGAGUUUUUGUACGAUGCAGUGGUUCCGAAGCCGAGGGCCCAAUGCACGAAAGUGGAACAGUUGAUAGUGACGUUCACUGCGGGGUACAUCGCGGGCGUACUGUGCGCGAUAGUGUCGCACCCCGCUGACACGAUUGUGUCUAAACUGAACAAGGAGCCGGGUUCUAGCAUCGGCGGGAUCAUCAAAGACGUAGGGUUCGCAGGCAUCUGGCGCGGCUUGGUGGCGCGUAUCAUCAUGAUCGGCACACUGACGGGCCUGCAGUGGUUCGUGUACGACGCCUUCAAGGUGUACACUAGGAUGCCUCGCCCACCGCCUGCAGAGAUGCCCGAGUCACUCCGGAAGAAAUUAGAAGAGGAGGAGAAAUUGAAAGCAGCGAAAAAAUAGCAAUGUAACAGAAACAAGGGAUUUGUCCGAUGUCACAUUUUGGUAAUCGAGUUUCCGUGGUGUCUGUUUAGGUCAAUUUACAUGAUACAAUUUACACGAACUACUCAAUUUUAGAGCCUGCUAUUGCUACAUGGAAGCAAAUGAUUUUUGAUACAGAGUUGUACAUAAUUAAACUGUUCUGAUUAUUUCAUUAGCAAUUGUUAGUGUUGCAUCAUGUAACUGAGACUCGACUAACAGUUCACACUGGCACGAGUUGUAGGGCACAUACAUUUUCAAAUGUUUCUGUUCAUCACUUUUCUAAAAAUAUUUUUUCCUUUUACAUAAUUGUUUCUACAUAUUAUAUAAUUAGGAGUAUGCAGUAAAUAACUAACGUAUUAGGAGGUUGCAAUGUUCAUGCAGGUUCACCGAGAAGUAAGAGAAUAAAACCGUAACGCGCCGUAUAGCCUUCCAGCGCAAAAAUAGGCAUACAAAUAGCUUCCUACCUAAUACCAACACUACCGUGUGCACUCGUAGCAUUACAGUAUGAUUAAAAAAACUCUGUUUUAUAUCAUACUGUAAAACUGCAGUUGUAAUUCAAAUAUACUUAUAUAAUUCUUAAAAUGUUCUUAGGCACAAUACGUCCAAUAGGUAAACGUUUUAAGCCAGUGGCAUAAGACUGUAAAUUUUUGAAAGUUUCCUUUGUAACGAAAUGGUAAAGUACGUCAUGUACUUGCAAUAUUAUUUAAUUUAUUUCAACGCCAAUUAUUAAUUUUAAACAAUUAUGCUACGUGUGUGUAAAUAUGAAUAAAAGUAACGUAUGUA